AUAUCUCUUAUAUACCUUCACAAGUUAUGGAAGAUAUGCACAGUUCUUCUGGACGUUGUGCAAAGAGUGAAUCAAAAUCAGCGCUUUUCUUUACGAGUCCCUUCAUGCCUAUGAGCUUUCUGUCCAUUAUGGUGGUACUUACAAUAGAGACACGAGUGGAUUACCAGGAGCAGGCAUUUCAUUCCCUUUCCAUGGACCUGAGGACUGGCGAAAGAAAGACCUUCCUUUUGAGAUACCAAUGUGUGCCCAUCUUGUUAUGUCACUUAAAUACAUGCAAUAAUGAUCAGCUUUCCGGUGUUCUUGAUGGAUUACAUCAGAUGACCACGGAAUCUGAUAUGGGUAUUCUUGCUGUAUUUGCCCUACCACUGCUUCUUCUAGGGAUCAGUGGAAUCAUUUAUAUUUAUCAGACAGUCAUAUGGCUAGUGUCCAAAUCAGCAGUGCAAAACAAGGUGGUGGUGAUCACAGAUGCCAUCUCUGGACUAGGCAAGGAAUGUUCUCGAGUGUUUCAUUCAGGAGGGGCAAGACUUGUGUUGUGUGGCAGAACAUGGGAGAAGUUGGAAGCCUUGUAUGAUGCUUUAAUUAGUGUGGCAGACCCCAGUACGACAUAUACACCAAAGCUAAUUCUUCUGGAUAUCUCAGACAUAGACUAUAUUCAAGAUGUAGCAAAGGAAAUCCUGAAUUGCUAUGGUUGUGUGGAUAUACUGAUCAACAAUGCAAGUAUGAAAGUAAAAGGAGCAGUGCAGAGCAUUUCAUUGGAACUUGAUAAAAAGAUAAUGGAUGCCAACUAUUUUGGACCUAUAACAUUAACCAAAGCCAUUCUUCCCAAUAUGAUUUCUAGAAGAACUGGCCAAAUAGUUUUAAUUAAUAGUAUUCAAGGAAAAAUAGGAGUCCCAUUUCGUGCAGCUUAUGCUGCUUCUAAACAUGCUGCUGUAGGUUUUUUUGAUUGUCUUAGAGCAGAAAUGGAAGAAUUUGAUAUUUCUGUCAGCACUGUCAAUCCAACCUUCAUCUGUUCAUACCAUCAUCAGCCAGCACCUGGCAACUGGGAGGCAUCAAUUUGGAAAUUCUUUUUCAGAAAGGUGACUUACGGUGUGCACCCAGCAGAGGUGGCAGAGGAAGUCUUGCGCACAGUGAGCAGUAAGAAGCAGGAGGUGCUGAUGGCCAACCCUAUUCCCAGAGCAGCAGUUUACAUUCGCACCUUCUUCCCUGAAAUGUUUUUUGCCAUUGUUGCUUCAGGGAUUAGAGAAAAACUGAAGACAGAACAAGAAAACUGAUUUUGUUUUCUUCUCCCUGCUUAUGACCUGAAAGAUGUUUACGUUUGAUUUCUGCUACCUGUAUGGGUGGAAUAAAGUAGGAGGCUGCUACCCCCAAA